AUGUCUUACCAGUAUCCAAACCAGCCUCCACAGCAGGGCUACUAUUCCGGCCAUCCUCCUCCUCAAAAUCAGUAUGACUACAACCGAGCCCCUCCGCCUCCGCCUCCUCAGAACCAGUAUGGCUACAACCGAGCCCCCCACCCUCCUCCAAAUCAGCAGGGUUAUGGACAUUCUGGCCAAUAUCAGUCUCCGCCUCCAGGAGGACCUUACGGCGCUCCACCACCUACCCACUCGCCAUACCCACCGACCGGUCCAGGAUACGCUCCUCCUCCUGGACCUUCACAACAGGGAGGAUACUAUCCUCCACAGGGACAUCCGCCACCACAACAACAACAGCAGGGACCCUACGGCAAUAAUUACCCACCACCAUCUCACUCUCCACAGCCUCCUUUCCACCCCCAACAACAAGGAUAUGGCGCUCCUCCAGCGGCUCCCCCAGUCAUACCUUCCUUAGGCUAUGUGCCCGGUCAGGUUGCACCCGGUGACUUCCGCCCCCAAGCCGAUAUUCUUCGCAAAGCCAUGAAGGGGUUCGGAACGGACGAGAAAACACUGAUCCACACGCUUGCCAAACUUGACCCGCUUCAGAUGGCUGCUGUCCGCCAAACGUACUCUUCCCAUAUUCGCCGCGACCUUUUUGCUGACGUUAAAUCUGAAACGAGCGGUUACCUGCGCCAGGGUCUACUUGCGAUUAUCCAGGGCCCCCUCAUGCACGACACCACUUGCGCCCGCGAAGCUGUCCAGGGCAUCGGCACAAAGGAAUGGCUCCUCAACGACAUCCUCCUGGGCCGCUCUAACGCAGACCUCAACGCCAUCAAAACGUCCUACGAGCAUACCUACCGCCGCACCCUCCCCAAGGACGUUGAGGACGAUCUCUCCUUCAAGACCCGUAACCUCUUCACGCUUGUCCUCCGCGCUUCUCGCCACGAAGAAUCAGCCCCCGUCGACUACCGCGCCAUCCAGGCCGAGGCGCAGACUAUCCAAAACGCCACCGCUGCCCGCAUCGUCAACAACGUAGACGAUGUCUGCAGCAUCUUUGCCCGCUCCUCGGAUGCCGAGCUCCGCGCCCUGAGCCAGGCAUUCAGCGAACGCUACCACCGCUCUCUGGAAGCACACAUCGAAAAGGAAUUCUCGGGCCACAUGAAAGACGCUCUACUCCAUAUGCUCCGCACCGCUCUGGACCCCGCUAUGCGGGACGCCGUACUCCUGGAAGAGUGCAUGAAGGGCAUGGGAACCAAGGACGAGAAACUCGUCAUCCGUGUGGUCAGGUUACAUUGGAACCGCCAGCACAUGGACCAGGUCAAGCGCGCUUAUCAGUUCAAGUAUAAGCAGGAUUUGGUGAAGCGCGUCCGUGGUGAGACGAGCGGCGAUUAUCAGAGGUUGAUGGUUGCUAUUUUGGAGUAA